AUGGGCUGCGUCUACUCGAGCCAGCGAGCGGGUCUGGAGAGGAGGGACGAGGCCCCCUCGUUCGCCCACUUGAUCGUCGCAGCCGAUGGUUCUGGGUUUUCUUCUGCCCACGACAGGAAGGUCGGCAAGGCUUCUUACUUCGUCGCUGAAGAGAUUCGGAUGUCGCCGGGCAGGGCUCCUGCGGGCAAGGUCAGUAAGCUUGCUGCCGCCGUGCAUCUCUCCUCCAUCUCCUUGCUCGAUUUCCCGAAGCGCAUGCGAAUUUGAAUUUUAUCCAGUGCGUCUGGAAGUCAGUUCAUCGGCUGCGAAAGGAUCAGCGGCCUGUUCGUCGCUCCUGUCAAGAUCGGCUGGUCUUGAAUCUCCGAACCAUGGGGUUGAUAAUAUUUAAACGGAUAAAUCGUUGUAAUUGAUGCUAAUCACGGAAUCAGCGUAGGGUCAGAAGAUUUUUUUUUAAAAUAAAAAUAAAUCCGCAGGGUUUCUUGCGAGGAAAAACGUCGUCGUGAGCUUGUCUUCGUCACUGGACUUAGCUGCGAGGCCAAGAUUAUACGUACUAUGCACCCUCUGACCGCUGGUUGCUUCACACAGGUUCCAGAAAUGAGCUCUAUUUUGGGAAGAGCCGGCGUCCUUGGUCUGGAGAAGGCUGUUGAAGUGCUGGACACGCUCGGAAGCAGCAUGACAAAUAUGAGCGCCGGAAGUAGGUUUCUGCCUGGAAUGCUGCACCGAGGGAACAAGAUCUCCAUCUUAGCGUUUGAGGUAGCCAACACGAUCACCAAGGGUGCUGCCCUGAUGGAGUCUCUCUCAAGGGAGAAUGUUCAGUUGCUGGAGAACGAGAUUCUGCAGUCGGAAGGCGUGAAACAUCUGGUUGCCACCAACGGUAAUCAGUUGCUAGCCAUUGCCGCUGCCGAUAAAAGGUGCAUAAAUCAUGGGUUCUAUUCAAUCGUUGUGCAGUUCUUUCCUGCAUGAUCCUGCCUUUUAUCCUGCAUGAUGUUCUUGGUAGGGACGAACUCGAUGUAUUCUGCAGAGAAGUGGUCCGCUUUGGGGACCUGUGCAAAAACCCUCAAUGGCACAACCUCAGACGAUAUUUUGAAAAGUAAGGUAGAAACUACAGAGGUUUUGGCGGUUGAAUACCUGACACUAGUUUAAGAACACCCAUUCUAAGUAGAUUACUGAAUGCAGAUUGGACUUGGAUACUACUCCCCAACCGGAGCUUAAGAAAGAGGCAGAGGCAACGAUGCAGCACCUUGUGACUUUGGCAGAUCAUACAGCCGUAUGUAUAUUUUAGAUCUUCAAUAAUUAGUUCCAUAAAAUUUUCAUUCACAUCCCUGAUUGCAUGCUCCAUGAGACCUGUUGCUGUUUUGCCUUUUUUUUUUUGUCUGCCUUGCAGUAACUUUAAAGGUACUUUACAUGAUGCAGGCUUAUAUUAAGAUUCUUUUCUAGUUGAAUCCAUGAAUUCAACUGCCUUUCUUAUUCAGAGAUCUCUACAGGGAUUUAAUAAAACCUUGUAGUCUGUUUUUCUUAUUUCUAGGAACUGUACCAUGAAUUACAUGCGUUAGACAGGCUUGAACUCGAUUACCGGCGAAAGGUUAAGGAAGAAGAGACACUGCCUACUGGUCGACGAGGUAAAUCAUUCGAAUUGUCUUGUAGCUGGUGAGCUAUUUGUUCUUUCUCGGUUCCUCUUGUUUAUGUUUAGAGAAUAGAGCUGGAAUGACUGACGAUCAGUUUGGAAUAGUCUUAAGAACCGAGGGACCUGUUCUACUUCAUGGAUGAAACCACGAAAAGAAUUGGGCAUGAAAUGGUUUUUAGUUUCAGAUUGUGGAAAGUCUUUCUCCCCAGUUCAUGAAUAACGUUUUUUUGUCUGCUACUCAGGAGAGGGUCUUAUGUCCCUGCAUGGUGAGUUGAAACAGCAGAGAAAGCUUGUAGAGAGUUUGAAGAAGAAAACACUAUGGUCCAGGAAUUUGGAAGAGGUAACAUUUCCUCUGAAUAUUACUGAAGAUGCUCAAUUUUUCCUGUAUAUUAAGCUUAUUUUCUAUAAAGUUGGAAAAUUAGAACCAGCUCAUGAUGGUGCAAGCAAACUCAGAUAAAAUUUGCACCACUAAGAAAAUAACGAAAUAAAUUUGGAGCUCAUGAAGGCAUAGAAGACCUCCAUUUUUUUAAAUGUUCAGAACAAUGCAAUUGGUUUCCAAAUACUUUUUAUCAUGCUAGGAUUUAAUGAAUAUUUUUUUGGCAUGGUUUCCUAUCAUAGACACUAUUUAUAUUAUAUUUUUCAACUUUUCCUGGCUUUGCCGGUUGUUGUAGGUGGUGGAGAAACUUGUUGACAUCAUCACUUCUCUCUAUAAAGAGUUUUUGGAGGCAUUUGGUCAAGCCGGUAUCUAAGACAACAUAAUGGGAUUCUUUUCAUGUUAUCUGUUAUUGAAGUUCGAACUUAUUUCCUUGAAGUUUCGUAUUUAUACAUUACAUAAAAGAUUUUGGUCGCACAAAAUAUGAAGAAAAUUCUUUGCUUUUUGAUAACGUAACUAGUAUACUGACCUUUACUCGAGUUUCCAAUGAAAAAAUUGGCAUCUAAGUUUUUUUUCCGGCUGUGAUCUUUGGGGAAAUGUACACCUGAUCCGAUGUGUUCAUCUGUGGCCCCCAGGUUUGAAAGGCUGCUGUCUUUUCGAAACUCGAGUCUCCUGGAGCCAAAUACAACAUGAAAAUGUUAUAUCUUCGUCUAUAUCUGAAUCUCGAAAAGAGGCACUGCUUUCAGGCUGAGUGGCAAGAAGAAGAAACGAGUCAAAAAUAUUUUUCAUGGAAAUAUUUCCCUAAAUAUCAACAAUAGUUUUCCACAAUCUCUGAAAUCCCAUAAGCACUCCUGAAUUCGAAGUUCGGGCAACUUUACUCAUUCAUACAUGAGAACCUUGCUUUUUCCAUCGUUAUUGGUCAUAUCUCACCUAAAAUGUGCAUCUUGGGAAAUUACUUACCUCUUGCAUUCACAAUGAUGGCCCAAAUUACAGGGCUUUAUCAAUUUAGCCAGAAAUUGAACACUAUAUCAAGCCUGAUUGCUGAGUCGUAACAUGCUACAGACUUCAUUGACAACCUUAUUCAUUAUCGCAGGUAUCAAUGCCAUCAACGCCAAGCCAGAUCAGUCCCCUCGAAGACUGGGUGUUUUGGGACUCUCUUUGCAUUAUGCCAAUAUCAUCAACCUGAUAGACAACGCAGUAAGCUUGAAUAGCAUUCAACUUUUUUGCAUGGCACUCUUCUUGCAGUAAAAAGAUUUAUUUUACUAAACCGAUACAAUGAAAUUUAAAGAAAGGGCAGGCUUCUUCCUGUAAUAAGGAAGAAAAGCAUAACUCUUCGUCCAAGGAUCUGCAACUGAAAAUAGGACCUUCUCUAUCUUGAUUUCCUGAUUUUUUUUCUUUUAAUUCUUUGGGUAAGGCAUGCGCUUCUUUGUAUAUAGGAUUCAAGAGAGUUCUACGAGAAGGCAAUAUUUUUUCCUUAUGCAGGACACAUCAUUUAGCAAGAGCUAUACACCGAAGAAGCAUGAAAUAACUCAGAACAACAGUUCUAGAACAAUACAAGGCUUUCACGUUCAAACUUUUAUUUGACAGAAAGUAAUGGGUGUCGGCCUGACUUAUUCAACAUUCUUGUUUCUCUAUCCCAGACUCGUUUAUUUCUAUGAGUGACGUCACUAUCUACAAUCAGUUAAUCUUCUCCACGCAGAAAACUUUCUGCCCCUUACGGAUAUUGAGAUGGAAUAUCUCAACUUUCUAAUACCAUGAUGAUAAAUGUUGAAGACCUUGGUGAAGACAAAUGUUUUUCCCUUUUACAUUUCUUCAAUCAGAAGCACAGUAGAAUGCAUGAGAUCAUAUUGAUGCUAUUUCCUUGGAGACCUAAUAUAACAACAAUUUUUUGUCAUUCUUUAAGUAUUCUCGAUGGUCUGGAUCCACAUCCCUUGUUUGCAUUACUUUUGCCAACAUGGUUGUCAUAAUUGCCCAACAGGGGAAUAGUAGUUGGACAGCCAUGAUUGUCAGAAAACUUAAAGGAUGAAUAUCAUAUAUUUUGUGCAUGUCUACGUAGCAGUAAUUUCCAUUCAACUGAUUCUUGAUUCCGUAAAAAUCUGUGCACGUAGGUUUCUCGACCAAUAUCUCUCCCCCCUGCUACAAGGGACGCUAUAUAUCAUGGUCUGCCAGCAUCGGUAAAGGCAGCCUUACGUCCUCGUUUGCAAUCUUUUCAUGUCAACGAAGAGGUAUUCCAGAUCCCAUGAUCAUUCUCCCAUUGGCAAGUUGGAAAUGAUUGAAACUAUUCAUGACAAUAUUGCGCAUACGUCUUUCUUGCAAGCCACCCAGUACCUUUCCUUUUCUGAAUCUUGCAAUCAAUAAUACCACUAAUUCGUAUUUCUGUAGUUAUCUUUUGUUCAGAUCAAAGCCACGAUGCAGAAGAUACUCCAAUGGCUUGUUCCCAUGGCUGAGAAUACAACUAAGUGCGAACUUUAUUUCAUGUUCAAGAUAACUAUCUCCUACGUGCUCCUAGACUCAUGUGUGCCUUCCCAAUCUUAUUUUACAGAGCACAUCAAGGAUUUGGGUGGGUCGGAGAAUGGGCAAGCAUGAGGUCAGGCCCACUUGUCCUUUCCGGUUUCUAUUAUUUCAUUCCCUCCCUUCUUUUUCAGUCUCUGAUCCCAGACUUUGAGUUGGGGAUAGGGUGGGGAUUCAUCACAGCCUAUUUUUAUUUCUGAGCUCAAUUUUUAGGUCCUGACCUGCUAAAUAAAGACAAGUCUACAUUUAUACAUAUUUACACAUUUUUAGUUAUAUAUGUAUAUCUCUUGUCUUUGGAUCUUAAGGGUAAAUUUAAAUUUUCUGUUCUUCAGCACUGAAUUUAACAAGAAGUCCGCCCAGCAAUCUAAUGUGAUCCGCAUCCUGUCACUUUACCAUGCCGACAAGGAGAAGACUGAUGAGUUCAUCCUUCAACUAGCAGUAUGGCUUCACCAUUUGGCAGUGCAGGUGAAGGCUAGGGGUUUUGGCUCCAAGACCCUGAGUUCUGUCCGCCAUCAUGGCCAAAAGUACAUACCCUCAUCCCUAGGGACAAAGAAGGGCUUGCCCUUGUCUCCAAAUGAUAAAAGCUCCACUCUUUCUCCACUAUCUGAGGAGGACAGAAGGAUAUUGGAAGGCUUAGGCUCCAGGAGGGCGGUCCUAAGAAGGAGCAAAAGCCAUGGGUGUACAGAUGAGAAGGUGAGAAAAGGAAGGAGGACGCGCAGUUUGAGCUAUGGCAAUUCUCCAAAUAAAGAGUUGAGCUCUGCCCUAGAUGUUCAUGUUGACAGAACAAGGGUUCUGGAUGUGAUUGAUGGACUACAUGGAGUUGAUCCGCCCUUCCCAAUUGAUCCCUUCUAUCUCUAG